CGAUUAACAGGCACGAUUAGCCCCAAGUGCUGGGUCCAAUUUGUUAUCAUUGCUCUGUUUGGAACAUGACGAUGGAUUCCAAACAGCAUUCUCCAGAUGAAGUCGAUACCAGCAGCACCAACGCCACAGACAGAGAUUCAACUGCUUUACACAAGGGGUCAAGACCUACGGAGACUGAGUUCUCUGGCGUACUAAGGAAUAAUGGCCCAGCCGUAGAACUGGAAAAGACUUCUCAGCCGGACCAGGCCACGCGCCCAAAUGGUGGAUGGAAAGCCUGGUUGCAGGUUGCUUGUGGCUUUUUCCUUUACUUCAAUACGUAUGGUCUCAUUAAUACUUUUGGGAUUUAUCAGAAUUACUAUACAACUGAAUUCCAAUUUGAUCCCUCCCGUGCCUCUCUUAUUGGCGGAAUACAGACGUUUCUUCUGUUUUUUGCUAGCGGUGCUGCAGGCCCUUUAUAUGAUGCAGGCUAUACACGUUCUCUUGUUAUUGCAGGAUCAAUCUUUAUUGUUUUAGGAACGAUGAUGCAAAGUCUCUGUACACAGUAUUGGCAGUUCAUCUUAGCCCAAUCCUUAUGCAUUGGACUUGGAGGCGGCUUAAUAUCGUUCUUAACUCCUACCAUUCUCUCGACUUACUUUACAUCUUUAUAUCCCUUGACUGUGGGAAUUGCGGGUUCAGGAACAGGAAUUGGCGGUAUUAUCUUGCCUAUUACAUUCCGUGAAUUGCAGCCCAAGAUUGGGUUUCCAUGGACUGUUCGUAUCAUCGGUUUUAUCCUUCUCGUUACGCUUCUGCUCCCAGUACUUUUUCUACAGCCUCGCAUAACCCCUAGUGCUGGCCGCCGCAGAAUUAUUGAUACAACCGCCUUUACCGACUGGCCCCUUGUCAUUUUAUUAAUCGGCAAUUUCAUCUAUCUGCUUGGAGGUUUUACACCCUUUUUCUAUGUUCAAGUAUAUGCAGUGGAGAACAACAUUGCAGACGCAAAUCUAAGCUUCUAUAUGAUUGCAGUUAUGAACGCAGUAUCUGCCAUAGGGCGAAUCCUGCCUAACUUUCUCAGCCCAUACACUGGCCCUUUUAAUAUGCUUAUUAUAACAAGUGUUUUAACCUUUAUUUUCGCAUUUGCCUUUGAAGGCGCGAAAAGCCUUGCCUCACUUAUUAUUAUAAGCAUGGGCUUUGGAGGUGCUACUGGCUUGUUCUUUGCACUACAGCCAGUUGUGGUAAUUGGACUUUGCCCCAACCCCAAGCUUGUUGGGACGCGAGUGGGAAUGGCGUUUUGCUUCUUGUCAUUCGCAGUGCUUGCAAGUAAUCCUAUUGCUGGUGCUAUCCAGCCUGUGGGCGGCUACUCAGGAGUGUGGAUUUGGACUGGAGUUACUACUGCUGUUGGCACUGCUUUAAUGUUUGUAGCACGUCUGGUCAAGACAAAUGGUGUUUUGUUGACGAAAGUGUAA